AUGGUCUUCUGGACGCUUUGGCAGGACGAAUCGAAGUAUCGCGGGGAGGCCGUGCGGCCUCCCACAGCCUUCCUGAAUAUUUCUGAAGCUACUGCCUUCUGUUCAUCCUUCUCCGAAGCCCCAGCCACCAGCCGCCACAUCAGCAUCAGCAUCAACUCAACAUCCACAUCCACAUCAGAAUCGCAUCAAUCAACGACAUCAACGUCACCAUCAGCAUCAGCAUCACCCACCCGAACCUCAUCACGCCGCGAAAACCCCAAACCCGCGGCGCGCGCGCUGCGUGAACGAAGCAUGAGUGCAUUAAUCAGGGUGAAAGAAAACGUAGCGCGAGAUUACAUCGUCGAAUCGGCUACAUGGUACGUGCGGGCGAUAAUAAUGCGUACAGGAGCUCCGGCCGACGGGGAGGGCAUGUCGGUGAGCCAGAUCGUGGACGUCAAAAGGGAGAGCGGCGAGCACAAGGCCCCCCGCGCGCUGCACACUGCCGCUGCACGCCGCGCGGGACGGGGGCUGGCACGAUAG